AAAAUGUUCCUCUUCACUUUGGUGCUUGGAGUGCUGUUUCUACCAGAAGCUGACAACCUGAAAUGUAAAUGUGAAUCAAACACCUAUGGAAGUUGCUCUCAAGAAACAACUGAAUGUUCCUCACAGUUCGAUCGUUGUUUAGCAGGAAUACAAGUCACAACUAAAGGUGGAAUGGAUUCUGAGUUGAAAUACAAAAAUUGCUUUAAAUCUGAAAUGUGUCUUAACUCCUCUAUCAACUAUGGAGCUUAUAGAUUUGCACAAAAGACCAGGUGCUGCAGUGGAGACCUUUGCAACGCCCAGAUUGACUACCCAACACCUGACUACAAGUCAAAUGGCAGAAAGUGCUUCAGCUGUGAAGGAGAAAACUGCAUGAAAACUCUUAACUGUGCAGGGGAUGAAAACUACUGCAUCAAAGCAACAGAUGGAGUAAUCACAUUGAAGGGGUGUGCCUCUGAGAUGAUCUGCUCAGAUACGUCAGCUUCACGGACGAAUCAGUUCGCUUCACGGACGAAUCAGUUCGCUUCACGGGUGAAUCAGUUCGCUUCAUGGGUGAAUCAGUCCGCUUCACGGAUGAAUCAGUUCACUGGACCAAAGAUUAGCUGUUGCAAGGGCAACUACUGCAACAGCGCCAGCAGCACCAGUCCCAUCCUGAUGCUCCUCUUGGUCCCUCUGUUCUUUUCUGCCUUAUUUUCUUAGCUCACAGAAAAUACUGCAUUGCUGCCAUGUUUUCUUUUUAAUCACCAUUUAUUUCAUAAAUCUGUUCUUUUUAUUUGAUUCUAUAGCUUGGUUAGUUAAGGAAAAUUUUAUAAUCAACAACAUCCUUUAUAGUUUGUUGUUGUAUACAAAACAAAUCUUCCUCAAUAAACACAAUUUCUUUUUUAAUAUUCUGGGUCCAGUACCUGUCUGAUUCUAAAUGUUUAGCUUUGAAAAAACAAAAUGACUUGAUGUUAUAGAUGUGGAAUAAACA